AUGGCCUUGACACUGUUAGAGGAUUGGUGCAAGGGGAUGGACCUGGACCCCAGGAAGGCCCUGCUGAUUGUGGGGAUCCCCGUGGAGUGUACUGACGAUGAAAUUAAAGAGACUAUUAGGUCAAGCUUACAGCCCUUGUACUCAUACAGGGUGCUGGGAAGAAUGUUCAGAAGGGAUGACAAUGCUAAGGCAGUCAUCAUCGAACUGGGAGACACUGUCAAUUACGCUAAGACACCCAAUCAGAUACCAGGAAAAGGAGGUGCCUGGGAAGUGGUGGUGAAACCCCGUAACCCAGAUGAUGAAUUCAUCAAUAGAUUGAGUUACUUCCUGAAGGAUGAGGGCCGGAAAAUGACAGAUGUGGCCAGUGCCCUGGGGUGUGCCCUUCCCACUGAGGACCAGGAGCCAGGCGCUGCUCCCCAAGAGAAAUCCACAGCUUCACAGUCUGAGAAAGAAAGCAUGUGGUACCGAAAAGUCAGAAUGUUUUCAGGAGAUGUCUUUACAGGCCCAGGCGAAGAUAACUUUGAAGCCUGGCUGGAGCAGGUCACUGAGGUGAUGCCGGUUUGGCAAGUGUCUGAGACAGAGAAGAUACGGCGUUUGCUAGAGAGCCUCCGUGGCUCUGCCCUGUCCAUCAUGCGGGUGCUCCGGGCCACCAGUGACUCUAUGACUUCACAGCAAUUCCUGGAUGCCCUGAAGGAGAUCUUUGGGAGCAAAGAGGACUCUAGAACCGCGCAGUUUAAGUUGCUCCAUACCGUUCAGAAGAUUGGAGAGAAAAUCUCUGCGUUUUUGGUGCGCCUGGAGCCGCUGCUGCAGAAAGCCAUGCAGCACAGCCCCACAGCAGCGCAAAGAGCAGAUUUGAUUCGCCUGAAACAUGUCCUGUCUCAUACCAACCUGUGCAGCAGCCUCCGAGGCAAGCUCGAGCUCCUGGAUCAGAGAGGGUGUCCUCCCACUUUCCUAGAGUUAAUGAAACUUGUUCGAGAUGAAGAGGAGUGCAAGGUCACUGCGGUGAUGCUGAAGCAGAAGCAAAAGCCUGCAGAAAGGGGCUGCAGGCCUUCCAGCAGACAGGUGUUCGAGGAAGUCAGUGAUUCUGCACCUCAGGUCCCCCAGCAGGCAGUGCAGUAUUGUGAUAGCAGCACUCAGACCAUCCAGGAAGGGAUUGGCACUGUGUCAUUUAGGGGCAGGAAAGUGCCCCGCUACAAUACGGAAGAGGAGAGCCACAGCCUGAUCACAUGCAUUAAGGUCGAACCGCAAUCGCCAGAAAGGGAGAGGCCUCAGCUUAUAGGAGAGUCGGGAAACGAGGCGGGGGCUGGGGGCACGAGCCACCCCGAGUCCUAGGCAGUACAGGCUCAGAAAAUCCAGGUACCCUUUCCCCUAGCAGGCAGCAGGGCAAUUUUAACAAGGGGAAGGGGCAUUCCAUGCAAAUAGAGUAUUUGAGUGGGGCAGAGGGGCAGGGCAGUCAGGUACAGGCUAACCCCCCUCAUCCUCCAGCAGCUGAAAGGAACCCCACCCACGA